CGCAGCAUCUCUCUGACAUCCGUGACAACUGUCGAGGAAAGUGCUGGCCGAUUCGACAGCAAUUGAGGCAGUAAUACCGACCUAUUCCUCCGUGUGCGCAUAGUCGAGGCUGAGGCCGCGACAAACACCUGAAAAGAUGGAUCACGAGAAGCUGGCCCGCAUGCAAAAUGCCGUGCGAAUUGGAGGCAAGGGCACGCCGAGAAGAAAGGUCAAGAAGGUCCACAAGAGCUCUGGCACCGACGACAAGAAGCUGCAAACCACGCUCAAGAAGAUGAACGUCCAGCCAAUCCAAGCAAUUGAAGAAGUCAACAUGUUCAAGGCUGACGGAAACGUCAUUCAUUUCUCUGCGCCAAAGGUCCACGCAUCCGUCCCAGCCAACACUUUCGCCAUCUACGGUAACGGCGAGGACAAGGAGCUCACCGAACUUGUCCCAGGCAUUCUUAACCAGCUCGGCCCAGACUCGUUAGCCUCUCUUCGCAAGUUGGCCGAGAGCUACCAGAGUCUGCAGAAGGGCGCUGAGGGCGAGGAGAAGAAGGACGACGAUGAUGACGAGAUACCUGACCUUGUCGAGGGCGAGAACUUCGAGAACAAGGCCGACGUCGAGUAAGCUGGACAAGCUCUAGCAAUCUCCGCGCCUCCACGGUCGAGCCGUUACGAUAUGCAUAACAAAAAGCUAGGAUGUGCUGGAUGAGCGCAGCAUGAAACGGCAUGAGCGAAACUCGGAUGCGGAGUGUACAUGCCUUUGAGCUGCUGUAUAUUAGGUACGCCGGCAUGAAAAUCAGGCUUCCAUUACGAACUAAAUUGGUACCUACCUGUUCG